CCCCCCCCGCUCCAAUUUCCGCGGAAUAGUCACUCUUUUCACUUCCUUCCAAAUUCUUGCUAUCAGUCUCCUUCACGAUCAACUCCUUCCCAGCACUUAUACGGCAACAAUCGUUACUCAUCCACAGACUGCUCUUCUCUCAUGGUAAGUCUUGAGCCCUAUGCCACUUCGAAUCCAUCGACUGACAUCCCACCCUCCCAGAUGCGUCUCCCUUCGAUCCUCUCAACCACUCUCUUAGCCGCCGGCCGCGCCCAAGCCCAAAACUGUGUCGAGAACGGUCCCACAGACGACGCCAUCACCGGCUUCAGGUUCUCGGGGACAUGCGAAUCCUGGCAGUGGUUCUCGCGUGAUAAAGGCACGCAGGUCAAACUUCAGCCGGACUGCUUCCUGCGGCAGACUUUUCCCAACGCCACGCCCGUGGGCCACGUGUGUAUCCAGCUCGAGAGCGGGGGCCACAAGUGCUUUUCGGCGCCGGGGGCGGGGGCGCCGCAGUGUAGGGUCCCGGAUGACUUUUGUUCGGGGAUUCAGAACAUGUGGGGGUGAUGAGAGGGUCGUUCUCAUGCAGUAUUGCUGUCUUUCUCGUUUGAACCUAGCUGCAGCGAUGGUAGAGGGGCUGGAACGGUGUUGUGAGUUGGGACUAGAAAGUUUUGCUAUCCGGGAGGUUGGUCCACUUGGUUUCAAUACCGGCCGAUCAGAGCGGGUCUUCCGGUGCGUACUUACCCGGCGCCCACUUAGGUGCGACCGGCAGUUGCUUAUAUAAAUCGCCAAUU